GAAAUAAAAAUGCAUCGUUAGUCGUCGGCUUUACCAAUUCAAUCACAAUAUCACAUAAUAAAUAAUAUUAUCCCAAUUUAUAAUUUGGAGUCAGUGAACAGAUUAGUGCUUCAUAGGGGCUCUAGUGAAACAUUGUUGAAUGUAUUAUUUUAAUUUUUUUUUUAUUGAAAGCAUGACUUUUUAGUAUAUGUUGAAAAGCAUAUUUGAACUCAUAAGAUGAUGCCAUUUGGUCCCAAAAAGGACGGAGGUCCUAAUUUGAAAUAUUUUGAAUCACCAGAAACACUAACCUCUUUGGAAACCGUGAAACAGUGGCUUCAGAAAAAUGCUAAAAAGUAUGUGCAGCCUGACCCCCCAACAAAUAAAUCGUUAUCGGCAUUAAUUGUACAAUUUCUACAGUUUCAAGAAGAUUUUUUAGGUAAAAAUGUACAAAAACCUGUGAUGACCAGGAUUCCUGUCAAGUUUUUUAUGGAUUUUAAACCAGGUGGAGCCCUUUGUCAACUACUUUUAGCAGCUUAUAAAUUCAAAAGUGAACAUAACUGGAAAAGAUUCGAAUUACCCUCAGGAAAGAGUCAUGCUAAACUUGAUAGAGUUUUUGAGAUGUUUCAAACUAUGGAAAGAACCUUGAUUACUUGUAAAAUAUAUCCAACUCCAAUAGUUUAUAUUAAGCCAGAUUUAGAUAAAUCAUUGAUAUCUAAAUUGAAGGAAAUUGUGAGAAAAAGGAAUGCUCAAGUAGCAGAAAAUGAAGAAAAUGCCACUCAUAUAUGCUAUGAUCUUGUAGAUCCUCUUGAUGAGGAAUAUGGACGUCCUUUAUUCAAACGAGACAAAAUGGUGAUGAUGCACUGGUAUUAUUUCCCUAAUUCUUUUGAUACUUGGGUAAAUAUGGAAUCCACUAUUGAUAACAUCAAUAUGGAUAGUCUCAGUCCCCAUAGUGGUCCAUGGAGGCUGUCUUUUAACUGGUUAUUAGAUAGCGAUCAAUAUAAUGAGUGGAUGCCUGAAGAGGAUUAUGAAGUAGAUGAACUUGGAAGGAAGAAAGUUCAUCCUUUGAGAAUGUCUGUGGACGAUCUUAUGAAUCCAUCAUUAGAGGAUAGGAAUAGGAAAAAGCAAAAGAGAAAACGAUCUCCCUCUCCACCAUCCAAAGUGAGUAAGAGAAAAAGUGGAAGAAGUCCUGCUAUCGGUAAGAAACAGAAAUCAGAUGAUGUAGAGCCAGAAGACCUUACCAAAGACAUGGAAGAGCCAAUGCCUGAGCCUAACAUUGUCGAAGUGAAUCCACCUCCAACACCUGUACAGCCUACAAAGAAAGAUCAUGAACUACAACCAUUAAAAGGAGGAUCAAUUGCUGACAUAGAAGAAGCAGAGGAGAAAUGCGAAGAUUCACAAACGGGGAAAAAUAGUGACACAACUAUUCAGGACGACGGUCAGGAAGACAAUGUCACUGAACAGACCCAUCAUAUUAUAAUACCUUCUUAUUCUGCCUGGUUCGAUUAUAAUUCGAUUCAUGAAGUGGAGAAACGUGCUUUACCAGAAUUUUUCAAUGGAAGGAAUAAGUCCAAGACUCCUGAAAUAUACUUAGCUUACAGAAAUUUUAUGGUUGAUACUUACAGGCUCAAUCCAACUGAGUACAUAACAAGCACAGCUUGUAGAAGAAAUUUGGCUGGUGAUGUUUGUGCUAUUAUGAGGGUUCACGCUUUUCUCGAACAAUGGGGACUUAUCAAUUAUCAAGUUGAUACGGAUUCAAGACCGACACCAAUGGGACCUCCUCCUACAUCUCAUUUCCACAUUUUAUCUGAUACUCCAUCAGGCUUACAGCCUGUUAAUCCACCAAAAACCACUCAACCAAGUGCUGCUAAAACAUUGCUCGACCUUGAUAGAUCGGCAGAAUCUAAAAAAGCUGAGAAUGGCGAUCCGAUUUCUAGUUUCGGCUUGAAAUUGGAUCAGUAUGCAAAGAAGCCAGCUGCAUUACGAAAUAAGAGUGCAGCUUCUCUAACAAGGGACUGGACAGAACAAGAAACACUUCUCUUAUUAGAAGGUUUAGAAAUGUAUAAAGAUGAUUGGAAUAAGGUUUGUGAACACGUUGGGUCCAGAAGUCAAGAUGAAUGUAUUCUUCAUUUUCUGAGACUUCCAAUUGAAGAUCCCUACUUGGAAGAUCCGGAAGCUGGCGGUGCCCUAGGACCUCUCGCAUAUCAGCCAAUCCCGUUCAGUAAAGCAGGUAAUCCGAUAAUGUCGACUGUUGCUUUCCUGGCUUCAAUUGUUGAUCCCCGUGUGGCAGCAGCUGCUGCAAAAUCGGCAAUGAAUGAAUUUGCCAGUAUCAAAGAGGAAGUACCAGCAGCUGUUAUGGAUGCUCACCUGAAGAACGUUGAAGCUUCCUCUGCAGAAGGGAAAUAUGAUCCUGCUGCUAAUUUAGCUUUGACAAAUAUAGCAGGAACUGUAUCCGACAAGGAAGAUGAGGACAAAGUUAAAAAAGAAGAUGUCAAAGAAGAGAAAAAGAAUGGAGAUGAAAACGAAGAGAAAUCUGUUGAAAAAGAAAAGUCUGAACAAAUGGAAACUGAAAAAGAAGAGAAAAUGGAUACAUCAGAACCGAGGACAACGGAAAAAGUUAUGAUUAAAGAUAGUGAAAUGCAGAGUGCUGCUGCUGCUGCAUUAGCUGCUGCCGCUGUGAAGGCUAAACAUUUAGCAGCAGUUGAAGAAAGGAAAAUAAAAUCUCUAGUUGCUUUAUUGGUUGAAACACAAAUGAAGAAGCUAGAGAUUAAACUGAGGCAUUUUGAAGAAUUAGAGACGACAAUGGAACGAGAAAGGGAAGGAUUAGAAUAUCAAAGACAACAGUUGAUAACUGAGAGACAGCAGUUCCAUUUGGAACAGCUCAAAGCAGCUGAAUUUAGGGCUAGACAACAAGCUCAUCAAAGACAACAAGCAGAACAAGGUCAGUGGGCCAGCCAGCCCCAAUCAUCGCAUCCUCCUCCAACAUCUGAACCAGGGUCUAGCAAUACUCCCACGCCACCCUCACCGCAAGCUUCUGCUGUAGCCUCCCCAGGUGCUCCCCAUCACCACAUCUAAGUUUAUAUGAAAGCAUAGAAUUUAUACAAUUGCCAUGUGCACACAUGCAAUAAUUUUCAUUUACUGUUCGUAUUUUUCUCAUAUUUUUAUGGUCUUGAAUUUCAUUUUAUUGUUAAAUCAUAGUAUAUUUUAUAAUUAAGAUGAUUUGGUUCUUUUGAAAAUAAUUGAUUGAAGUAUUUUAUCGAAAAUUAUCUGGACAUGAAAUUUGACUUGAUCGAUAGGAUUUAUUUUAAAUUUUAAUUUAUUACAGUGUGUAUAUGCUAUCUACAUAACGAUUAAUUAUAUCAGUUUUGAUAA